GCAAGUUCAAGAAAAUCGAUAUUUUCUUCCUAGAUGUUUAUUAUAAUCUAAAUUUGAAAUGUAGUAAAGUGAAAAAGUAACAAUAUCCGCAAAGUAAUCAAUCGACUUCCGUAUAGGAAAAACUUACGAGGGGUGUUAUUUUAACGGACGUCAGUACGCUGUGCAAGGUGUUUCCUAGUCCGGGCAUAGCCCGUAGUGUAUGGGCCCUUCCGCAAACGGCCUCCUGCAAUAUGGUGGCCGAUACCGAUCACCCCACUACGGUUACGGCCAACCACGAAAAAGACGGAUCAGAAACAAACCUCAACGAAUAUUCUUCCAAGAGUAUAUUUGAUCUCGUCAAAUCCGGAGAACUUUCAGAAAUCGCUGAAUACGUAGAAAAAUCGGGAUGCGAAGUUCUUCGGGCUAGAGACGAGUGGGGAUAUACACCCGCUCAUUGGGCGGCUCUCGAUGGAAACGUCGAAAUUAUGCGUUACAUCGUGGAUAAAGGUGCUCCCAUAGAUUUACCUUGUCUCGGCACGCAAGGACCGAGACCUAUUCAUUGGGCUUGCCGGAAAGGCCACGCCGCACUGGUUCAAGUUCUUUUACAAGCCGGCGUGGCUGUGAACGCUGCCGAUUUCAAAGGUUUAACGCCGUUGAUGACGGCUUGCAUGUUUGGUAGAACGGCAACGGCGGCUUUCUUAUUGGGAAUGGGAGCUUCGAACGAUCUGAUGGAUAUCAAUGGUGAUACCGCCCUUCAUUGGGCAGCUUAUAAGGGGCACGCCGAUUUGAUACGUCUGUUAAUGUAUUCGGGAAGUAAUUUACAAAAACCCGAUCAUUUCGGUUCGACGCCUUUGCAUUUAGCCUGUUUGUCUGGAAAUUUGAUUUGCGUAAAACUCCUAUGCGAAAAAAGUAAUAUUAAUUUGGAACCAUUGGAUAAAAACGACAAAACGCCUUUAAUGCUUGCUCAAAGUCAUAGACACAACGAUAUAGUAGAAUUACUUCGUGCUGAGAAAAAACGUCGCUCGAGCUGGUUUCCCCCAUUAAACGAAGUGUGGGGUCUCCUUUUCGGCAAAGCGGGAAACUCCAAAGCUCCCCUUAUAUUUUUCAUGAGCUCGGUUUUGUUAUGGGGAUAUCCCAUGUAUGUAAUUAGGUGUAUACCGAUAACUUGGAAUAUAUUACGUGGUUCCCAUUAUUGUUUCAUAUAUUGGAACGUUGUAAUGUGGAUAUGUUGGAUGGUAGCUAACAGAAAGAAUCCCGGUUACAUACCGAUGAAUUCGGAGUCGUACCAUAGAUCUAUUAAACAAAUACCGAUGUUCGAUAAAUGGAAAAAGAGACAUUCGAUUUUGAAUCGAUUGUGUCAUACUUGCAGGUGCCUUAGGCCUUUACGAGCGAAACAUUGUAGAAUAUGUAAUAGAUGCGUGUCAUAUUUCGAUCAUCACUGUCCUUUUAUAUAUAAUUGCGUUGGUCUAAGAAACCGGACAUGGUUUUUUUUGUUCGUAAUGAGUAUAGCGGUAAAUUGUUCUUUUACUAUUUAUUUUGCGAUGUACUGUAUAGCGUUAGAGGGUUUUGGAAUUUUGUAUAUACUCGGAUUGUUAGAGGCCUUCAUUUUUUCGGGAUUGGGAUGGAUACUUACUUGCACAUCGAUACUUCAUGCUUGUAUGAAUUUAACAACUAACGAAAUGUUCAAUUACAAGAGAUACCCUUAUUUGAGGGAUAAGAGAGGACGUUAUCUGAAUCCAUUUUCGAGGGGUCCAAUACUGAAUUUAAUCGAAUUCUUUUUUUGUACGCCCGAAGAUUACGAUGACGAUUACGGUUACGAUUAUAUUUGAUAUUUUAAAUGACUUACAGCUCUCAACGAAAAUACUACGCAGCUUAGCAGCUUAUGAAUUAUUUUUAAGUAUAUUAAUUAAUAUGAAUUAAAAUUUAUCAAGAAUA